CCAAGCUAGUUUCGCUUAAUGUAGCUUGCUUCACGCUACUGUCUGUGACAUGGUGGCUUUUUUUUUUUGUCUGAUACCUUGCAAAUGUUGAACUUGCAGAUCCGUGUUGGCUUAUGUAAAUCUACAUUUGUGAAUGCAGCUUGUGUAGAAACUACUAGGAACCGUGUGCUUUAGUGUAUAGUUAUAAGUACCUAUGCAAAGAGAAAUGUAUUUAUUAAUAAUUAUGGGAGGCUACGGAGUGAUGGCCGAUGAAGGUACUAGUAGUAUUGACUACUCUGUACACGAAGCCUGGAAUGAAGCUACAAAUGUCUAUCUUCUCGUUAUUCUUGUCAGCUUUGGCCUUCUCAUUUAUGCUAGAAAAAACAAAAGAAAAAUAACAAGGAUUUUCACCUUGCCACCAACUGUAGGAAUAACACCAGAGCCUAACUUCUAUGACAGCUUGCAGAAAGUGCGACUACGACAACAGUUAGAGAUGUACUCCGCUGCAAGAAAAUAUGAACAGCAACAUCACGUUCAACCCGAUAGUGUGCAACUUUCAAUGGAGUGAAUACUGAAAUUGAUUUUUAUUUGUAUUAAUUACAUGAAAGUGUAACCAUUUUUUUAAUAAGAGCGUAAGGAUGUGCAAAAAAAACUUUAUGUAACAUUUUCUUCAAAUGAAAUUAAAAAUCAGUAGCUAACAUAAAUUAGGGAACAUCCUCCUGUUAUAAACAAAAGGCCAGUACUUUGUGAUCCUUAUUAAGCGUGACAUUAAUUUAACUGAUCUUGAGGUAAACUGCAAACCUGCCAACAAUAACCAAACAAGGAGUUUCUCUGUUGUCCUUUGCCCUUUGUUCCUGCCAUUGCAGGAACUUUGUAAUAUAUUAAGUAUCAAUAAGUGUAUAUUUAUAUAUAGUAUGUUAUUCCUGUAUGCUUUUCAAAAUUUGGUUAUUAAAGGUUUUGGUGUCAUUAAA